UUAUUGCUGCUUUAAGGGAAUUUAGUAAACCCCACUGAAAGUUCUGACAUGACAGGGCAUGGAGAUAUCAUGAUAGUUGCGGACGCAUAACGUUACGUAUGAUAUAUACACAAUACACUAAUAGUUUCAUAUGUGCCGAAAGUACAAUAUUAUCUUCGUGGUACAUUAUAUCAACGUAAAAUGGUACACUUUGAGGACAGCAGAAAACAUUAAUGAAGGCUUCUUAAUGGAUGCUUCCCCUGGCACGAAAACCGACGAGCAUUAGGACCACGGAGUUUCAUCUAGCAGCAUCCAGAGGCUGAGGGUGAAUCACCAUCAGAUGUAGGGAGGAUCCAUGUACGUAACACCUGAUAUAGGCAGACACUGCAUUGUAUUUUUGAUUUCCUAAUAUUUUUGAGAAGCGUGAAGCUAUAUUAAAUGUAUAUUUUAAUUUGAACAGUAUCGUUUUUUUUUAUGUUUCUAGUUAAAUUUGUAUUGUAGCCUGCACCUUCAGCAAAAAUUGUCAGUGAUGGAACACAUGCCAAAGGUCUAUAAUGUUUUCCUGGUGGACAAAGCAUUCUGCAGGAAACCCUUAUCUGGUACAUUGCACCUGACAGAGACACACAGCGUUUUUACUGAGAAUGCAUCUGGUGUUCCUAAAGAAACAUGGAUCCUGCACAGUUUAGUGUGUCUGGUUGAGAGGCAGCCCCCUACAGACACUGGGUACCCCCUGCGAGUUCACUGCAAGAACUUUCAGGUCCUUCAGCUCAUCAUCCCCCAAGAGACCGACUGCCAUGAAGUGCACAUGUCCGUCCUGCGCCUCUCUCGUCCAGAGCGAUAUGAAGACCUCUACUGUUUCUCCUACAACCCCAAGUCGGACAAAGAUGAGAGCACUGGCAGGUGGAACCUCAUAGAUGUGAAAACUGAUUACCAUCGAAUGGGAAUUUCUAAUCAGCAAUGGCACACCACCUCCACCAACCAUGAUUACAGAGUGUGUGAAACCUAUCCAAGCGACCUUUAUGUGCCCAAAUCAGCCACUCUUCCAGUCAUCGUUGGGAGCUCAAAGUUUCGAAGCAGAGGUCGUUUUCCCACGCUGUCCUACUACUGCAAAGAAACCCAUGCUGCCAUCUGCCGCAGUAGUCAGCCUCUCUCCGGCUUCAGUGCCCGUUGCCUGGAGGACGAGCAGCUACUGGAGGCCAUCAUGAAGUCCAACCCCGGCAGCCAGUUCAUGUACGUUGUAGACACCAGACCAAAGUUGAAUGCGAUGGCAAAUCGGGCUGCAGGAAAAGGCUACGAGAAUGAGGACAACUAUGCGAACAUCAGGUUUCAGUUCAUGGGCAUCGAGAACAUCCAUGUGAUGAGGAACAGUCAGCAAAAGCUGCUGGAAGUGUCUGAGCUUCAGUCUCCUUCCAUGACGGAUUUUCUCAUGGGCCUUGAGAAUUCUGGGUGGUUGAAACACAUUAGAGCUAUCCUGCUUGCUGGUGUAUUCAUAGCCAAGGCCGUGUCAGUGAAAGGUGUAAGUGUCCUGGUCCACUGUUCAGACGGUUGGGACAGGACAGCUCAAGUGUGCUCCGUGUCCAGUGUCCUUCUAGACCCCUACUACAGGACCUUGAGAGGAUUCAUGGUGCUGAUUGAAAAGGACUGGGUCUCAUUUGGACACAAAUUUUCCCACAGAUGUAGUCACAUCCAUGGGGAUCCCAAAGAAGUGGCACCAGUCGUUGACCAGUUCCUGGAGGUGGUCUGGCAGCUGAUGGAGCAGUUCCCCAGUGCCUUUGAGUACAACGAGAGGUUCCUCAUCUCUCUCCAUCAUCACAUCUAUGCCUGUCACUAUGGCAACUUCAUCUGCAACAGCCAGAAGGAGAGAAGAGACGAAAGAAUUCAGGAACAGACUCAUUCCAUUUGGCCUCACUUCUGGGAGAACAAGUCAGAGUUCAUGAAUCCCUUCUAUAAGCCUGACCACUGCCAGUCUCAGGGAGUUCUGUGGCCAAAUACUGCCCUCUACAGCUUCAAAUUCUGGAGGGGCCUGUACAAUCGCUUUGAUAAGGGAGUCCACCCACGCCAGUCUGUGCUUGACUGCUUGAUGGCCAUCAAAGAGGAAAACCAACAACUGGAGGAAGAGCUGAUUCUCCAUCAAAAGAAAAUAGCCACGUUGGAGAGGCAGCGAGGGACAGCCACUUACAAGAGGAAUUCCAUCGUGACCAGCACAGACAUCUGGGCUCAGUCGGACGCAGACCUAGACCUCUUGUGCGGCAGCAUACGUUCAUUUCCCCUCAUUAGCUUUGGUCAGCAGAGGGGGUCAGAUGGCGCGCCGUUGGUCCGGCCCAGGGACACUGGCAAGGGGUCAGAUCUGGACCUGUUUGCCAACAGUGACCAGGAGUCAGGGGUGGCUGACCUAAACUGCCGACUGUCCAGUGGCAGCGAGUCACUACCAAGUGAGGAUAUCAUCAAGAACCCAGACCUGGUUGAAGCGAUCUACUCUGUUGCCUAAAUCCAUAUUGAAUGAAUGGCUAAGGAUGGAGUGGGGGUGGCGAAUUUCUGCAAUCAUUUUUGAAUGGCCAGCACUGUAAUAGGCCACUUUAAUUGCUUAAUUGUAUUUCAGGGUAUAGUAAUCAUAUCAAUGUGAACUGUGUAGGUCCGAAUUGAAGGUUCCUCAUGUAAAUGGUUCUGCACACUCACCAGUGCAUGUUCCACAAUUAAAUUAUAUGCCAACAAGA